AUGUUCGCCCCGUUUGUGAAAGCCGUGGAAUGCAUCGUUGGAGAGAAGAAGCGAUCGCAGGAGAGCAACCGGAGGCCGUUAUUCAAAAAAAGCUUAUUUCCACAAAUGCCACCAUCUAUCAUUUUCUAUACAAAAGGGACAAAAGUGGAAGAACCUCCAGCUGAAAUUAAACGACGCUUAAAAUGGUCUAAAGAUCGUCUACUACCACUUGUCGUACGCCAAACGUUAGCGACAAGUCAUUUUAAGCUAGUCGAAAAAGAUGAUGAAUGGAUCGGCUAUUGGGGAGGGUACUUUAAAUCUGCGCAAUAUCGAAAGUUUACCAAUCAUCAAAAGGUCAACCACUUUCCGGGGGGCUACCAUAUCGCAAGAAAGGACAAUUUAUGGAGGCAUAUUUUGGAGAAGCAAAAGCAAUUCCCAAAUUUUGAAAUCAUGCCUUACACCUUUAUACUCCCCGACGGACGGGCCGACCUUGAACAAUACCUCCUAGGCGAUGAAGACCGAUACGUCAUCGUAAAACCGCCGGCUUCUGCUCGUGGGCUUGGCAUUAUGGUGACGCAUGAUAUGGGCGAGAUACGCAAGGGCGAUUUUGUUGCCCAACAAUAUAUCGAUAAUCCAUUGCUCAUCGAUGGUCGGAAAUUCGAUUUACGGGUCUAUGUGUACGUUCCGAGCCUCGAGCCCCUGAGGCUUUAUAUGUAUGAAGAGGGGCUGGUACGAUUCGCGAGCGUACCAUAUGCACAUAGCGCUGAUACUACAGAAAAUCUGUUUAUGCACCUCACAAAUUAUUCCAUCAAUAAAAAUGCAAAAUCGCAGGGGAUGACGGAUAAAUCGGUCAGAAAGUGGACGUUGACCCAGCUCUGGGAAAAGCUGGAUAAAUAUUUUGAGGUUGACGAGAUUAAGGCGUUGAUUAAAGACCUGAUCGUUAAGACUUUCAUCGCUUGUGAGAAGAAAUUCAGGGAUCACGCAACCAAUUCGAUCGAUAAUCUCGGGAUCUGUCACGAACUGUUUGGCUUUGACGUAUUAUUAGAUGAAGAUGCAAGACCACAUCUUCUGGAGGUAAACGUCACCCCGGCUAUGCAUUCGGACUUGCCAAUUGACGUCUCCGUGAAAGGGCCAUUAGUGGCAAGCGUGUUAAGUAUGGCUUGUAUACGACCGGUUACAAAAAACCUUGACGGACAUGAAAAUAUGUUAGAUAAAGCAAGUUUGUGGGCGGCGGAUGAAGAGACGAUAGCAAAAGAAGAAUAUUACUACGAGCGCUUCAAAAUCUACGGCGAAACCUGCGGGACGAUGUUGAAUCGCCUAACAAGCACCGACGUUAGAAUACUGUGCCAAUUCGAAGACGAAUUCGAGAGGAGAGGCCAAAUGAAGCUAAUCUACCCCACCGCCGACACGCACCCAUAUCUACGCUAUUUUGAUGAGGUCACUUAUCCGAAUUUACUCCUGCAGCAAUGGCAAAUCAGACAGGCACUUGUGCUAAAUAUAUCUGUAAUAAGUGUUCAGGGCCACAAACGAAAGUACGGGAUUGAACAUCUCCGAACGCUGAUUCUGGAGGGUAUUCUGGAUUCUGGGACCCCUGUAGAAGACGCCUGGAAU